AGAUUAGGAGUAUGUAUUUUAAAUUGAAGUAUAAAUAAAUGAAUAUCUCAUCUAAUUUUGAAAUAUGAGUUUUGUUACAUAAGGAUUAAUGUAAAGUUACUAGUGAUUUAAUAGGUAAUUUAGAUAUUUUCUGACAUCAAACAUUAAUAUAAUAUAUUUUUAUGGAACUCGAAUAAUAGUAAUAACCAGUUAAUUUAAAAGAGCUUAAUUUAUCUCGAUUAUCUUAGUCAAGCAUUAAUAUAGAAUUGUAAGAGGAUUAUUAUGGAGGCUUAUCAGGAAGAUCAUUGGAAUUAAACUUAAGAGAAUAGUAAGAAGUUAAUGAAUUUAAAAAAAAAAAUCUCCAAAUUGAGUUAUCAAUAGUUGAUUAUUUGAGUUCUUUAAAUAUCAAAAUGAAAACAGAUCCAAAUGCAAAGAAAGAUAGAUACUUUUCAAACUUAAGAAAUUAAUGCAAACGUAGAGCUUUCACAUAAUUGGAAAUUGAAAGAGAUUUUUCUGAUAAUACUCCAGAUACAAUACUUAAAGGUUCAUAGGUUUCAAUUUCUAUAAAUCCUCUAUUAGAGAAACGAAAAACUUAACUGAGUUUUGUUAGCACUAAUUAAAGUAUUUAGAGUCAAUAAGUGAUUUCAAUAUUAUAAUAAGAAGGAAAAAAAUUGUAAAAGCAAUAAUUAUAUGAAUGUGAAGAGAUGGAUAGCAUUAUUUCGAAUUAAUCACUUAAUUAAAUUCAAUGAUAUUUAUUUUUAUUUUUGCUAAACC